CUUCGCACGUGCCUCGAUUGACGUGUUGUCGCUGGUUCUUCGCCGCCAGUUCAACUCCCCACAGCGCCAUCGUCGCCAUUACUCCUCAUACCUUUCCUACCGAUAGAUCAACUGACUAUAUCUGUAUCUUUAUGAUUAUCUGAUGUGCUGCAGGCCUGUCUCAGGCAUUCAUUUGCCUUGCUUGGACCUCGUGCCCUCGAUUCGUCUCUCUCGGCCUGCCGCCUAACUCAGUACAUCAGAACAUCCAGUAUGUCUGGAAGCGAGACACCUCUGAGGAGCCCAGCGAAAAGCCCAGUGCUCCGGUCUGUUCCAGACACGCAAGCUGAACCCACGGGCGGUUCACUUGCCCCGGACACCAUUAGAAGGGACUAUGGCACUCUCGGCAACGUACAGGCUACUGCCAGCCAGCGACCUCUCACUUCCCGAGUCGACGAUGUCUCCGACUUCCCACCCCUUUCUCCUCAAUUGACGAGACCCAAGAAACCGCCAACGAUGCGAAGGUCGUCCACUCGAGCGGGAAAAUUACUGCCUCACCGUGGGGAGCAAUUCUCGGUUGACGACGACCCGUCAGAGGUUGAAGAGGCGAAUAGUAUGCAAGUUACACCCAGCAUAUCUCGACAACAGUCUACUGUUCGUCGAAGAACUCACCCAGCGCCUCUAGCACGUGUCGAUUCUGCAGAAGAGGAACCCGAAGAGACCACCCCAGAGGAGCCUGUCGAGGCCGACCCCGAAGAGCCUGCAAAUGAUCCCGAAGCUGGGAAUCUGGGGGACAAUGAAGAGGAAGAGCUGAGUGAUGCAGAGAGCUUCACUUUACGGGAUAGACAAUUAGCUAUCAAUCAAACCCACCCCUUUGGUAUCAGAAUAUGGAAGCCUGCCUUAUACAAGAAAGGGAGAUCUGUCGAGAAAGCUGCGGAAGAGGACAUCCAUUCAUCUCCGAGCCAGAUCGUAAGUCCGUGGCUAUGGUUCUUCAAUUGCCUCUGGACUGUUUUCUUUGGCUGGUGGUUAGCUGUCACCGCGGCCAUUGCAGCCCUUGCUUGCUUCAUCUUCGCCUUCGACCCUAGUGCGGCUGCGUACGGCAGAGUGUUCUUGGAAUUGUCCAACUAUCUCUUCUGGCCCUUUGGGAAGUUUGUCAAACUUGUUCAAGACGAGAAUUAUGUGGAAGAAGACGAAGGCGAAGGCCGAAGCAUCAGCGAAUACGAACGAUGGCAGAGUGGUGAUCUUGAAUAUGGUCGACUCAUGUUCGGUCCAACGCUCACUCAUUCAGGCUCAAUUGUCGGUCGACAUCGGAACAGCAUAGACUCUGCAAGUGAGACCGACAGUCUCCUGGCUCGAAGUGGUAGAAGUGACCGACAAAAUACCACCAUGUCUAACAAAAAGCGUCGUCUUUUCGGUCGUGGUCAGUGGACCCUGGGCCGAGUUAUUUUCUUCGUCGUCUAUUAUUUCUAUGUGGCGCCCCUCCUGCUUCUCGCCUCUGGUAUCUGCUGGCUGAUGGUCUUCUGGAUCCCUAUGGGCCGAGUUACACUCAUCCUGUUCUCCAAUUUACGAAAACGGCCUCUUGCACUCAAGUUCCAUCGCGAUGUCUCGACUGCUAGAAGCUCAACCAAGCCAUCAUCGAUCCUUCUAUGCACCUAUCGUGCGGUCGGCAUCAAAUACUGGAAAUACACUGUCGACGGGACCAACAUCUUCCUCAUCAAUUUUCUCGCUGUGGUGGUCUUCGUCAUUCUGGACUAUUUCGUCCUGAAGGUGGCCUUGGGAAUCAACUUCUGGCUUACCAGUCCGGCCCUGACGUUCACGCUCGCAUUGAUCUCCAUCAUUCCUUUGGCAUAUUUCAUUGGGCAAGCAGUAGCAUCGAUAUCUGCACAAUCCUCAAUGGGAAUGGGGGCUGCUGUCAAUGCAUUCUUUUCCACUGUCGUCGAGGUUUAUCUAUAUUGCAUCGCGCUCAACGAAGGUAAAGGGGCACUGGUGGAAGGUAGUAUCAUUGGCAGCAUUUUCGCUGGCAUUCUACUCCUUCCUGGACUCUCCAUGUGUUUUGGUGCCAUUAAGCGAAAGACUCAACGUUUCAAUGUCAGAUCUGCUGGCGCCACGUCCACUAUGCUACUAUUUGCGACAAUUGCAGCCUUUGGGCCGACGCUCUUUUACAAAAUAUAUGGCAGCCACGAAUUGAUUUGCAGGUCAUGCACAAACGAUGACUUGGACCCGAGAGACUGUCGACAAUGUUAUUUCCGGCAACUUCCAGCCAUCACAGACGAGUUCUACGUGAAGGCAGUCCGACCAUACUGUUGGAUGGCAGCUAUCUUUUUGUUCUCCUCUUACAUCAUUGGGCUACUCUUCACUCUAAGAACACACGCUGCCAUUAUUUGGAGCACAGAUCCAGAGGAGAAGAAGGCACCUCCUGGUGGGCAAGCUACGGAUGUCAGUCCCCUGGACACCCGGCAUCCCAGUGUGGUCAAUUCGCAGUUUCUGAACAAUCCAAACGGCUAUGUACCGAGGACAGCGAUCCGCGAGUCACAACUCUACAAGCGAAUCCUAGGACAGUCACUUCGCUCGGCUGGUCUUCCAUCUGAAAGUGAUGCUCAAAAUGAACGCGAGCGUCCAGUCACGCCCAAGUCAGUUCGCCAUGCACGCCUUGGCGACCAAAGCGACCUCCCACACCUUGUACCACCUAAAUCAAGCCAUGGGACGGAUCUGGCCGCAAGUCCUGAAAGUCUACCAUUUGUACCUUCCUUGUCUGAAGAAGACAACAAUAAUUUGGUCCGACAGGUUGCAGAGAUUGCAGCCACCGCAGCCACCGUUGCCGCAAGAGACGCGGUUAAUCACCCACGAACUGCGGCCUACCAGGCAACUCAUGCAUACAAAUUGGACACUGUUAAAAUUCAAAGACCGAGCGUCAGCCGGAAGACAACUGUGACUGACCAAGACGCCUUUGCCACACCUGCUCUUGAGCAUGCCGCUCCACAUGGAGGAGCUGAAACUGGAGAACCAGGUGGACAUGACGCACCAAAUUGGAGUCGAACCAAAUCGUCCGUCAUCCUGUUGACCGCGACUGUGGCAUAUGCGAUCGUCGCCGAAAUCCUGGUCGAUACGGUAGACGUCGUUCUUGAGUCAGUCGACAUUGAUGAGAAAUUCCUCGGUAUAACUCUGUUCGCGCUGGUACCCAACACCACCGAGUUCCUGAACGCCAUUUCCUUUGCUAUGAACGGAAACAUUGCAUUGAGCAUGGAAAUUGGCUCGGCAUAUGCACUGCAAGUUUGCUUGCUGCAAAUCCCAGCGUUGGUGCUAUUCUCAGCGGUACAUGGUCGGUUCAUCGAUGCUGGCGAUCUCAUUGAUCACACCUUCAACCUCAUCUUUCCGCAGUGGGAUAUGGUGACUGUUAUCCUGUGCGUGUUCUUGUUGAGUUAUAUGUCAGGUGAAGGGAAGAGCAACUACUUCAAAGGUAGUAUCCUGGUCAUGACAUAUCUUGUGGUCGUGAUGGGAUACUAUUUCAGUGGGUUCACGACGCUCACGAUCAUGGAAGCAAACGCCUGGCAAUCUGGUGGUCCCGGCCCCAUGGGUGUUUCUAGUGUUAGACCGGCUCGUGAACUGUGAGCAGGGCAAAGGUCGGGUACCAUACACAAGAUCUUCACAGGUUUCCAUGGACAUAGCACCGAAUAGAUAGACAUCGAGCGAGGGCGUUUGGUUCAACGAGGGCUUAUCAAGGGUUCCCAUGGGAACGAGGCUACAGGAUUAUAAUUAGGAUGGUUGGGUACGGUGCAUGGCAUCACAUAGGAGUGAGUGUUGCAUAUUAUUCUU